CCCUGCAUCCUCGCCUGCUCGCUCUCUCCUGCCCGCCGGGUGCUGAAGUUGGACGGAUGGCAGCGAGCAGGCUCCGCUAGAGGACCGAGCCGCCCCGCCUCGCGCUCCCGGAGCUCCCCGCGCGCUGCCCGCACCGCCAGGCGCCCGGGUUGGACCUGGUGCUUGGGAGAAAUUUUGAUUAAUUAGGCCCUAUUGUGGGCUUUGCCUGCAGACUUCAGGAUACAAGUUAGCAGUUCAGAGAUAGUGGAGUUUCCCCAAGGCUAUGGACAGCCAAUCCGGGACUACCGUAGCUGAAAUGCGAAAGAGGCAGCAGUCACAAAAUGAAGGAACACCUGCCGUGUCUCAAGCACCUGGAAACCAGAGGCCCAACAACACGUGUUGCUUUUGUUGGUGCUGUUGUUGCAGCUGCUCCUGCCUCACUGUUAGGAACGAAGAGAGAGCAGAAACUGCAGAAAGACCCACGCUUACCACCAAAUUGGAGAGUAUCCAGGUCCUAGAGGAAGGCCAAAACCCCACUACAGAUGAAGUCUUGUCCUGGUCUCAAAAUUUUGACAAGAUGAUGAAGGCCCCGGCAGGAAGAAAUCUUUUCCGAGAGUUCCUCCGAACAGAAUACAGUGAAGAGAACCUACUUUUCUGGCUUGCCUGUGAAGACUUAAAGAAAGAGCAGAACAAAAAAGUCAUUGAAGAAAAGGCCAGAAUGAUAUAUGACGAUUACAUUUCGAUACUAUCACCAAAAGAGGUCAGUCUUGACUCUCGAGUUAGAGAGGUGAUCAAUAGAAAUCUGUUGGAUCCCAAUCCUCACAUGUAUGAAGAUGCCCAACUUCAGAUAUAUACCUUAAUGCACAGAGAUUCUUUUCCAAGGUUUUUGAACUCUCAAAUAUAUAAGUCAUUUGUUGAAAGUACUGCCAGUUCUACUUCUGAAUCUUAAUUUUCACUUAAAGAAAUCAUUUUGGAGGGCUGGGAUGGGAAAUAAAAGUUGUCAUAUAACAUCAGACACGGAGUUCCUGGAGAACUACAGUUUAGCAUUCCUCAGGCUACUGUGAAAAUAAAACCAUAUGGUCUUUGUCUCCAUUUUUAUCAAGGUUAUCCAUGGUUAACUUUGGAGAAAAUACCACAUAAAACAAUGAAUUGCCAAAUUAAGUUUGUUUUACUCAACACUCAUUCUACUUGCAAGCAAACUGUAUUUGUAGUCCUAUGAACAGUCUCCUAGUGUAUUUCCAGAGACUGCAUGUGCAAAGUCAAACUGCUUCUUUUGCCAUGUAGUUGUUGUAAUAUUUAAUCCAGUGACAUAACUUAUAUCUGUAUUUAAGGACUUUUGUGCAAUAUGGUCUUACAGAAAUAAUUGCCAAAAAGUUGGCUGUAGUUUGCGUUUUUAAAUAUAAUCUAAGACAGACAAAGCCAAUUUUUAAAUUGUAAACAAUAGUAUUCAACAUGCUAUAUACUGUGUUCAGUACACUCAUUUUGAAGCCAAUAUAUCUGUACAUGAAAAAAGAGCUAUUUAUCUCUGUUUGUUGGGAAAUCCCAAUGGGGGAUUCCUCUGGUUGUUCACUGCCAAAACUGUGGCAUUUUUAUUACAGAAGCAUUUGUUGUGUAAAAAAUAAUAAGAUGAAAAGAGAAAAAAAGCACAAAAUAAUUUGAAGAUCUUCUAUCUCAAUGACAAAUCAAAGAAUGAUAUUGUUUUUAAUUGUAACAGAAGAAAAUGAAUCUAUGUAUAUAUCACAUGUCCAAUACUGUAAUUAAUUUAUUAAAGGCUGGCUCUCCAGUUCUCAAACAGUUGUGUAAUGUAUGUACUUUAGCAAGAAAAAAUGAUAAGCUUGAUAACUUAGUUUUGAAAUAUAAGGAAAGGAUCUAAUAAAGGAAUGCCUACAUGUAGCAUCAUAAAAAAUGUUGAAGAAAAACAUCUGUCCCUGUGGCAUAUUUUCCUUGAAAGUGAAAUCCAGUGAAAAGCUAAGUUUUUAACUAACACAAGUUUUAUAAGGGUUAUAAAGAAGAUAAUUCUCUAUUUCAGACCUUAACUGUUUUCACAUAGUAUCUUAAGAAUUACUUAUUUUAAAAAUGUUGAAACCAAACUAUUAAUUCUCAUCCAUAACUAAAAGGCAGUACAGUGCUCAAAUCUCCUAGCUGCCAUAUUAUUUUUUAAAGUCUCACUAAAUCUUUAAGACAAAUACUUGCCUGACAUUGGCAUGCACUUUUUGACAUUCAAGAAAACAGUAUCCUAUUGUGCACCAACACAAAAAAGUCAGAGUCAUAUUUAUAUCAAGACGUUACAUUUGAAUAUUAAUAUACCCUGGAGGCUAUUUUUUUAAUCUUACACUUAUUAAAUAUAAUAUUGAGUAACCUAAAAUGAAAGUUUUAAAAAUAUUUAUAUCCAAUGAAAAUACUGGCCUUAUAUUAAGGAUGAUAUUAAAAUUAUAGGUUUUUCAUUGUCAUUUUUAACUACCUCUCAUUUUUUAAUUUAUUAAACAUUAAAAAAAUAAGUUUGGGUUUUCUUUUUAAAUUUUAUUUUACUUGAAAGGUUGGCAUUGUAAGUUUCUUUUUCCAUAAACUUAAAACAUGUUAAGAAUUGUUUUUUUUAAGUGAAUUUAAUUUUCUAAUUUAUAUAGGAUUCAGGAGAUACGUUUAAAAGGGCUAUUAUCUAUUCCCUAUGCAAAUAUUUUAACUGUUGCAGUGUUUAACAAAAUGGGAUUUUAAAAAAUGUUUGAAGAGUAGAAAACAAAAAUGUUCUGUUUACACUGGCGUUGCUGACUAUCCUAUCAUAUUCAGCACUUUUAAACACAUUAUUUAUGAAAAUGUACUUAAAAUACAAGAUAGAAAAUAUUUAUAAUGAUAAUUUCUUUUAACAAAUGCCUGUUUUUGUCUGAAAGUGUUAGUGUGUUUAGACAUACUUUAUCCAUGUCAAUUAGAUAUUUACUAUUUGAAUAAUAGUUUUCAGUAAUAUGUUGAAAAAUGAUAAAGAUGUUUACAAAAAGUCAUAUUUUUUUUCCUAAAGAGUGAAGAAAAACCUAAAAGAAUCAUCACUUCUAUUGUGAAUUUCUAUUGUUCCUGAAUUAUUUAAUUUUUUGGUUAGAAUUGAGUUUAUUAUGCUACUAUGAUGUAUACACAUAUAUGUUGUAAUAUCAUACUUGUUGCUGUGUUUGAAGCACAAUAAAUUGGUGCACAUGACUAGAAAAUAUGUACUAUAUUAUGAUAUACUGCAUGCAUCAAUCUUUUAAAUGUACACUUUAUAUUCUUGUUGUUACUAUAUAUGAUGGUGACCUGCUAGUCGUAAGUUAUCUUUAUAAGAUACUUUGGGUUCUUAGAUGAAUUGUCUGUUUGACAAUACUUUUAAUAUUUUACCAAAUGUAAAAGAUAAGGGCCCUUAUAAAGAGUCCUGAUCUGUAACUUGGGCAUUUGUAGAAUACAGAUUUUGAAGUUAGUAUAUCCUUUUGAAACCUGAUUAGGAAGUUGUUUUGAGAAUGAUUCUAGAGUAGAUUUUACACAUCAGAUGUCCCUAACCAUGCUAUGUAGCAUUUCUGUGCUAAAUUCCUACUUUGGAGGGAGGGGAGGGUUACUCAUUUAAUUUCAAAAUGUUUAAAGUUUCUAUCUAAGAGUAUGUCUGUAUAUUUGAAACUCUACAAAUUUGCUUUAAUUACAGAGCUAUAAUAAACAAACAAAUGCCCUCAAAUGGUGUCUAUGCUACCAUUCCAAGAGCACAAUAUUUGUUUUGGUAGAAUUAGACUUUCCCAGUGAGUGAAUUCCUCCCUGAGGAAAAAUUAGCACUUUAGAAGGUACACAUGUGUUUCAGAUUGCCAAGAUCUCUUUGUAUACUGUUAGAAUCUGCUAAUGCGCACAGAAAGAGGUUAAUGCUUUUUCUAUAGUGCCUAUGAUGGAAAGAAAAGUAGAGGAUAUAGAUUAUAUAUAAAUAUAUAGAAAUAAACUGGAGAGCCAGAGGUGGAUCUUGCAUAUAGAUCACACUAGUAAUGGAUGGGUGACACUUCUUCCUUACUAUAGAUAAUUAUUAUGUUACCCAAAGGUAAUAUAGAUACCCCAACAGUGUUACAAGGCAGCUGUAAGUGCAGUAGGUGCACUGGCAUAUGAACAACUAUAGCAAAACACAAUUUUGAUGUCAAUGUUAUUCAGUGCAAAAAUCAAGACCAUAAUGUGGUCUUUUUUUUUUUUAAAUCUUAAAAUCUGUACAUAGGAUGACCAGUUUUGAUAUUUGGUCAUGGUGCAUGGGGUGUUUAAUAGUAAGUAUCCUUUAACGUUGCCUAGAUUCUUAUUUACAGAAUGAAAUGUAUAUCCUAUUUUUACCUGAUAAUUCAGUUUUGCAAAAGGACUAUAGAAAUAGGUAGAUAAUGUUUAUUUAUUAGGGGCAAAAAUACAUUUUCACCAUUUUAAUCUGAUUUAAAAUAAUAUCUGAUUCUUAAUUUUUAAUUUAUCUAUUUUCCCCAUACACUUUUAACUUAUGCUGAAAAAAAUAAGUCAUUGUAAUUGUGACAAAUUACAUUUGCAAAAAAUACAAUAUAUCAGAUGCAUCGAGGAAAAAAUGUACAAUCAGAAAAUAAAAUAAGAACCUUGUGAAUGCCACCUAAAUUUCCUAGAUCUAAAAUGCCUUUAACUAGUACCCUAUGAAACAUGAAUUUUGAAAACUUUGCACUGCAUACUUUGGCAAAUUAUUGUGAAAGGUGGUCAAGCUAUUUCCAGAAAAUCUUCCGGCCUGUGUAUUUAUGCUGAUAGUUAUAAUGGUUAAUUUUCAAAGUGUACUUUUGCAAAGGCUUCUAUUUAUGUGCUCUUUUCAGUUCUUUAUAAAUUUCUGACAAAUAUACAAUGUUAGUUCUCCUGAGAAAAUAAUAUUAAAUCUGUAAAAAUUUUAGCUAUUCCUCACUUGCUACAACUGAAAAUAUUUAUCAAUAAAACUGAUACCAAAAAUUUGUUUCAGAUGUUCCCUGAAACAUUCUUAAUAUUAUCCUUGCAACACACAACAGGUUGUCGAGUUUUAUUUACAAAUAUGAAGCUUUAAUUACAAAUGUGAUUUCAAGCUACAUUUCUGUCCUGUGACUGGGCAAACCAUGUAUCCUGAGCAUGUUUCCUCAUUUCAAAUGCAGAAUAUUCUCUAUAAGAUGAUCAUAAGAAAGAAAUGAAAUAAACAUGGAUAAAGUGUUAUUUUAACAAAGUUCUCCAGCUCAAUAAAAAUUACCAUUUUUCAAGAAUGUAUACACUAAAUGCCAUUUUAAUGCACUUCUCUCAUAUUUUUUUCAAACCAUACUUUAAAAGUAUUACUUAGUUAUUCAUCCAAAAAAUACAACCAAGAUUAUUUUCAGAUGGAGGAAUAUAUGAAUGUCAUGCUUUGUUCAAUAAUGUGAUUCAAAAUCACUGUUUUCAGUUCACUAACAUCAUUCUGAACCUACAAUUAAGAAAAAAAAUCACACACAUGGAGAUAUAUAUGGUUAGAUGUGUGUGUAUAAUAGAGGUUUAAAUCAUAGUUUAAAAAAGAAAUCAUUAAAAAAAAAAGAAAAAUCAUUUACAAGAAUGGGGAGAAUACAAAUACCAAAUAAUUUGCCAAAUAUAUAUGUGGGUGGGGGGAUAGAAGUAAAAUUGUUAUGAGAUUGGCCAUUAGAAAACAUUGAUAUCAACAUGGAAUAGAAAGCAUUUUUUAAUAUUAGAGUAGUAUGAUUUUAAAAUUAAGUUUACUAGGAAAAUAAAAGAAUAAAUGUAUUUGUAUGCUCACAAAAUUUAGCAUUAACGUUUUAUUUUUGAAUAAUUUCAAGUUUACAGACAAAUUGCAAAGAUAGUACAGAGAGGUUCCAUGUACAGCACACGCAUGAGAUAUCCGUCACAUAAAGAACCAACAUCCGUGCAUUAGGUCUACACUUCAGAUUCCCUGAGUUUUGCCUUCUUCUGUCCCAGGACCCCUUCAAGAUGCCACAUUACAUUUAGCCAUCGUGUCCUUAGGCUCCUCAUAGCUGUGACAGUUUCUCAAACUUCUCUUGCUUUUGAGGACUUUGACAGGUUUAAGGAGCACUGGCCUAGCAUUUUGCAGAAUGUUCCUCAGUUGGAAUCUGUCUGACGUCUCCCCCAUGAUGAGACAGGUGUUACCAUUUGGGGAAGGGAGACCCCCGAAGUAACGUGGCAUUUCUACCACAUGGUGUCACCGGUGCACACCACCAUCAUGACUUAUCACUGGUGAUGUUGCCUUUGGUCAUCUGGCUGAGGUAGUGUUUGUCAGGUUUCUCUACUGUAAAGUAAUAGAUUUUUAAGAGGUAUUAUUGCAUGUAAAUUUAUUGGACAUUUAUAUUGAGCUAAAAAAAAGUUAUGAGUAGAUUCCUCAGCAGUGCUGUUAGGUUCCAUUAAAUGACUGCUAACAAGUACUAUGAAGAAAAUACAAUGAACUGAAACGUGAAAUGGAAAAAUUCCUAAACAGUGUUAGCUUGAAUACUUAUUUAAUGGAGGGGAAAGUGAAUUUUUUCCUUAAAAUUAGUAUAAUUACCUUAAUCCUCUACAUCUCUUUCGUAGUAAAGAUGUUAGUCUUACUAAUUGUCAUAGUAGGUACUUUAAACUGAUAAUUAUUUUGCUGAGUUUUUCUAUACCGCCCUCCAAUGAACAAUAAACACUGAAUAUUGAAAUAAUGUAGAAGUCUUGAUUUUUUCCCUUGCUUUAACCUAUUUGUCAUAAACGCAGUUUCUUGUAUAUGAUUUCAGUAUAUUUGCUAAAUAUAAAAACUAAUUUAAAUGUGAUUGGUUCUGUAAAAUUUAUCAUAUUGAACAUAUGUCAUUUUUUUUACUACCAUGUUCAUUGUACUUAGUAAUCUAUAUCCUUAUUUUGGAGCCCACCAAUAUUAGUUGGCCAUAAAGAAAUUGUGAAUGCAUGAUGAAUACAAUUUAAGAGAUACCAUGCUUGGUUAUUUUGUAAAGCCAGAAUAACUGUAGGUACCUACAAACUGAAUAGAUAAUCCAGAUUAUAUUUCCUCCCAUUUAAGUUUUGGGUUUUGUUUCCUCUUUCUUGAGUCUAUUUUAUCAUUUUACCUAUGUACAAUAGACACUGAAAACGCUAGCAUUUUCAAAUGUAAUAGAAUUUGAGCAUGACAAUAAUGUAAGAAAACUUAGAAGUCUCAAACUAUGUAUAUUUGAGUUUUCAAAGUAAAUCAAAUUACAGCUGUUUUCAUUUGACCAUAUUGUGUGAACCUAUGGAUAUUACUGUAAAAUGCACAUGCAUUACACUGACUUUAAAAAUGUUUUGAAUCAAUAAAGAAUCCACCAAUAUAUCCUUAA